AUGUCUAGCGAGUUCCUGCCGCGCUGGGGCUACCCACAGUCCAUCCUCACGGACAAUGGCAGCCAAUUCCUGGGACGACAGUGGAAAGUUUGGUGCAACGAACAGCGCAUCGAACACCACACCACGCCCGCCUACCAUCCGAGGGCGAACCCCACCGAACGACGUAACCAGGAGCUGAAGGCUCAGUUGCGCAUACGUCUCGGUGGGGAUCACACGCAAUGGAACCUGCAUGUGGCUGACGCACUGUUUUGUAUCCGCCGCCGGACAAACGCCGCGACGGGCAUGACGCCGGCGGAGAUGGUACAAGGACACAACCUGCCACUGCCAGGCGAGUGGGCAACUCACGGGGUCCCACACCCCACAGAAACCGCAGAGGAGCGCGACCAGCGCCGCACAACAGUCCAGGAGGACGCCCGGCGUCGCCAAAGGACCUAUGCCGAAGAGAUAACCCCGGUGACGCAGCACCCACCGCCGACUGUGCAAGCCGGGGACCAGGUGUUCGCGCGGGUGCACCCGCUGUCAGCUGCACCCUGCAACUACUGUGCCGGUCUAGCACCACGAUGGGGAGGCCCCUACACCGUGCAGCGCCGACCGGGGAGGACAACGUACCUGGUACACCUCGGGGGGCGGAAGGUGAAGAAGGGACACCGCCCACCCCCGAGGCUGAUGCAGCGCGCGAAGAAGAGGGUGCAGACCCCUACCAGACACCCCACCGACGCCAACACGGACAAGGACAGCCAUGCCCACUUCCCCUCCGAGGGCUACCUGGAACCGCAGUCGAGCCUGAUGACGACGGAGCCACAACAGCGGAAAUCGAGCCCCUAG